AUGGCAACCGAGUCCACCAACUCCUACGACGCCUCUUCUAGCAAGCGGCUGUUCCUGGUCUCCUGCCCACGCACGGCGUCUAACCUGCUUGUCAAAGUCCUCGCCCUGACCAAGCAGCCAGAAGUUCGUAUCAAUGAACGCGGCGGUUACGUUCUGUGGGAUGCUUUUAUUUCCACCAACCUCGAUGGCCGCAUGUUCAAGCCCCUCGAUCAGUGGACGGCUACCGAUAAAGCCAAAUUGCAGAAACAAUGCCAGCAGUGUCUCGAUGAGUUGGAGCAGUCCUCCGCAGCAGCCCAGCGGGAGGGCAAGAUGUUCGUCACCAAGGAACAUGCCUCGUGGUUCCAAAAUAUGAGCGCCAUUCAGCAAUACCUCUACGGUGAGAAUGUGAUUGAUGAUGAGCAUCCAUGCACUCUGCAGUAUCCAGAUGCAUACGGUGUGCCACAAAACCCGCAAUACUCUCCUGAUAACCAGACCUUCUUCGCCGACGAGUACUUGCGUACGUGGCGUGCAGCCUUUAUCAUCCGUCAUCCUGCUCUCGUGUUUCCCUCUGCUCAGCGAGCGUUGGCCAAUCUACUCAAAGAAGAGAUGGACCCAGAGAUCCUCCAGCGUUCUAUCUCGAUCAAUAUGACCUUCCGCUGGGCCCGGCGGCUGUUCGACUUUUUCCAGGAGCAGACCGAGACAACGCCCGCGGUGCUCGAUGCCAAUGAUCUGAUUAAUAGCCCCUUGGUCGUUGCCAAGUUCAGCAAGAUCAUCGGCAUGGACCCGAGCCAGCUGCAGUUUGAGUGGGAUACACAGGCGCGAAAGGAUAACACAGGCCAGUCGACAGAGGAAGAGCGUCGCCAACAGAUGGAAGCAUUCAUGCUAUCCACCCUGCAUUCUUCGUCCGGUCUCGUCAAGGACAAGGCACCCAGUCACAUUGACCUCGCCGUCGAGGCGGCGAAAUGGAAAACCGAAUUCGGUGACCGUGUGGCCAGCAUGCUGGAGAAGGCAGUCGUGGCUGCAAUGCCGGACUACGAGUAUCUCACGGCUCGACGAGUUCAGCUUGACGGUGUCGAGGACAGCCCUAGCAAGAUGUUCGCCGCGGAAAGCCGAGCCUAG